CGAGACAGUAAAGUUUUCAUUCUUGUUUUGUCACAGGCGAAAUUCCUAUCACAAGAUCAGAUAAAUGAGUUCAAGGAAUGUUUCUCCCUGUACGACAAGAAGCGGAAAGGGAAGAUUGAAGCCAAGGACCUGAUCACUGUGAUGCGUUGCCUUGGCACCAGCCCCACCUUCGGCGAGGUGGACCGACAUCUGCAGGUCCAUAAGAUAGAUAAGAAUGGCGAGCUGGACUUCUCCACCUUCCUGACCAUGAUGCACAGGCAGAUUCAGCAGGAGGACCCCAAGGCGGAGAUCCUGGAGGCCAUGCGUAUGACGGACAAGCAGAAGAAAGGCUACAUCCUGGCCUCGGAGCUCCGUGCCAAGCUCACAGGACUGGGCGAGAAGCUUACUGAUAAGGAAGUGGACGAGCUGUUCCAGGAGGCGAACGUGGGUCCGGACGGACGCAUACACUACGAGGACUUCACCAGGAUGGUGACCUUGCCACCUGUAGAUUACUGAGUGGGAGGCGACGAAGGCUGGCAUGGGCAAGGGCACACUGGCUCACUGGCAUGGGACAUACCCCUGCUCAGAAUACAGCGCGCACCUCAUUUACUUCCACUCAAUUAUCCACAACCUCUGUCUCAGUACCUCCUGUACAUCUGUCACUGACAGGCACUGUAAUCCAUCCCAGAGCA